UACCCUGAUAUUAUUGUUGGUGUUGCGAUGGAGGACUCUCACUAGGAGUUCCCAUCUGUGAGUUUCCAAGUAUGCAACUUUGGGUCGGAAACUAUUCGUGCAGACAAAGCUUUCGAGAGCAAACGGGAUGAUUCUGCCGUCGUCAAUGGCUCCCAGAGAAUCCCACUGAAGCUCGAGUAAAAAGAUCGUCGCCCUCGUCGGAGUCGAAUAGCUUUAGCUGUAUAUAGUAAAUUACCUGACGGUGAUUGCGUCUUGCGACGAGACCCGGAUCGACCGUUCGGAGUUAGAGAACAAAAUGGCCAGCACGCGGAUUCCCGAGCAGAAAGUGAUUCUUUGCGGAGAAUACGGCGUGGGGAAGAGCUCGCUGUUCAGGAGGUUCGCUCAGAACACCUUUGUGGCCUCUUCGGAUAGAGCCUCAACUCUUGGACUAGAUCACUACGAUAAAGUCUACAAAGUCAUAGGUAGAGAAAUAAAGCUGCAACUUUGGGACACCGGUGGAAUGGAGCGAGUUGCAUCCAUAACAUCUUCGUACUACAAGUUCGCUGAAGCCGCGAUCCUGGUGUUCUCCUUUGAUUCACCGGAUUCUUUCAACAUUCUGUCCCAGCAUCUGCUCGAUAUAGUGAGCUAUGCCGAAAACGCGAAAAUUUUCCUGUGUGGUAACAAGAUCGACACCAGCACCCAGCUCGUGUCGGAAGCAGAUAUCGAAGCCUUCUGUGAGCAGUGCCACAACAUGGUGUCCGGUGUUUAUCGCACUUCGUGCAAGACCGGUGAAGGGGUAGAGGAGAUGUUCGAAGAUAUCGCCAAACAUCUUGUCCAUACAGUACGGGUUCGUGAUCUCGAUGAGGCUCUCUACAGGGACGCUUUCAAGGUGACUCGUGAGGCAAAUGCGGCGGACGAUGACGUGUGUUUGUGCUGAGAAACGCGGAUAAGCAUCGAUACUUGACGAGAAACCGCGCUCGGAAACAGCUCAAGGAAGUCGGCAGAUCUCCGAACUGCGCUGGUGCAGGACGCCCGAAUCUCCCAAUCACCUUUCUCUCCAUCCCAGAUAGGCUCGGAAACAGGUCGAAUCGCCAAGAAAGCAUGGUGACUGUGAUCCCUCGGUCGGGAUAUUCUCGAAGGAUUCGAGAAUGGAUCGUCCUCCCUCAAUCUGUGCCACUGAGUAGGGCGCCGAGCUCCGAGAUGCUUUUCGAGCUGAAUUCAUAAGCAUAAUCCAUAGUCUGGAAGAUCAAAGCGUGGAACGAAACCUCGGGGAGUUGACUCUGGGAACACGAGAUUCACGAGGCUUGUAAAAAAGUAGAUCCGAAAUAUCUUGAACGACUCCAGUUCACGCUGCAUUAACCGUGUAACAUACGAAGAAUGAUCAAAUAAAAAAACAUUUACU